CAACAACAACUUAGCGCCGUUUGCCACUAGGAGCUUCAAUACUGCCUCGUAGCCUUCUCCUAAAGCUCCUUGGAGUGCGUUAUCGUAAUUAGUAUGAGGCGUAAGAAGGGGAGGUACACGUAUAUUAAUUGCGAUAAGAAUCCCAAGCACAAGCAACGGUGAGUGUUUUUUUGGGGUAAAACCUGAGAAAUCAGGACCAGAAAAGGUUACAUCCGGCUUUUUGUAAAAGUUUUCCAAGUGGUGAAUUCUUCCAUCUAUAUCAUCAACUCACCGCAUCAUGAUAGUAAGGAGUGUAAUUAGUUGGAUUUCUACGUGUUUUGGGAGGCAUGAGCUAGCCCGAUAUUAAAUGGGGUUUCCAGCGAAAAAAAGAAAGGUGUUUAAGCGCAAUAUUUCUCGCGUCCACUAGUUCCGCAUACGCAAUAGCCCUUUUUUGGGCUCGGCGCACCAUCUUCCUUGUAGCAGCAACGUUCAUAAAACAUGCAAAAAGCGCAACUAUCAUCUAAUUAGUAUAAAGAGCCCCACACCGUGGAUUUCCGAUGGAUAAACUGAGACUCACUCGGAAUACGUGUCACAGGCGUUCUGGGUGUGUGUAUCGUCGUUAUCUACCAGAAGAGGGCUGGGCGUUAACUGUAUGUUACGGUUUAGGAUGAAGUGGGUAACGUAACUACGUAGCGAGUCGCCACUCUAAGCGAGUCGCCAGCCCCACCAACUUUCUGCAACGCGUUACCUACAAACUACAAUGGCUCAACCACCUUCUACUCAAUUGCCCUAUAAAGAAGCUGAUAUUCUACUUGCUAUUUCAGCUAUUAACCAGAAACAGAUUCAAAGCGUAAAUCGCGCUGUACAGGCGUAUAACGUACCUCAAACAACGCUACGCGACCGACGCGCUAGGAAGCCUGCACGACGCGAUUGUCAACCCAACUCAAAGAAGCUUUCUAAGCUAGAAGAGGAGGUAAUUAUUAAGUAUAUACUUGACCUGGAUUCGCGUGGAUUUCCCCCUACUCUAAGCGCUGUACGAGAUAUGGCGGAUAAGCUGCUCGCUGGGCGCAGCGCUAGCCAGGUUGGCAGAGACUGGCCAAAGAACUUUGUAAAGCGUACAGAUAGCCUUACAACGCGUUUCAAUCGACCAUAUGAUCGCCAGAGAGCUCUCUGUGAGGAUCCCCAGGUUAUCCAGGGCUGGUUCGAGCGGGUAGCGUGUAUGAAGGCCACGUACGGCAUCUGUGACCAGGACACGUACAACUUUGACGAGACUGGCUUCCUGAUGGGCAAGAUCUCAGCUCAGCUAGUUGUCACUGGCUCUGAGAGACGCUCUCGCCCGAAGGCUAUCCAACCUGGCAAUCGCGAGUGGGUUACUGUGAUCCAGGGGAUCAGCGCUGCUGGGUGGGCGAUUCCACCCUUUAUUAUCUUUGCUGGCCAGCACCACCUGUCUGCCUGGUAUGAGGGCAACGAUAUACCAGGCAAUUGGGCGAUCAGUCUAAGCGACAAUGGCUGGACUACGAAUGAGCUUACUCUUGAGUGGCUGAAGCACUUCAUCAAGCAUACAAAGGAUCAAAGAGUAGGAGGGUAUCAGCUCCUGAUUCUUGAUAGCCACGAGAGCCACCACUCAGUUGAAUUCGAGCAGCUCUGCAAGGAGAGCAAUAUUAUUGCUCUUUAUAUGCCCUCGCAUUCGUCACACCUCCUCCAGCCACUUGAUGUGGGCUGCUUCUCGCCGUUGAAGCGUGCGUACAGCGAUCAGAUCAGUCACCUGAUUCGCGACAGCAUCAACCAUAUCACGAAGCUUGAGUUCCUACCCGCCUUCUACGCCGCGUAUAAGAAGGCAAUUACAAAGGAGAAUAUCUGCUCUAGCUUUCAAGGCGCUGGCCUAGUCCCACACGAUCCACAGGCGGUAAUAGGCAAGCUUGAUAUCAAGCUUCGCACGCCAACGCCGCCGACCCUAGAGGCUGCUCCUUAG